AUGGCUAUGUGGGCUCAGAAAGAGAUUGGCCAUUAUCCCGAGGACCCAAAGUCGAAGGGGGUUAAGCCUAUCGCAGCACCUCGACGAGCCGACGGCACCUCUCUCAAUGACCCAGCGGGCGCCGCCGACGCUUCCGACGAUGCAGAGGAAACUGAACUGGACUACCAGCCCUCGGAAGGUUUCACAACGCCAAACUGCGGCUCCAGGAUGAGCUCAGUGGAGCAACCUCUUCCAGUUCUGAACGUCAGUUGCGUGGAUGACGCGAGCGCCGUCCCGGCAGACGUCUUCGGUUCUGCAACGAAUCAGGUCUAUUCAACGUUCUGUCGCGGUACAGUCAAUAAUGGCAAUCAACUGGAGUGGAUGGCUGACAUCUUUGGCAAUCUCACCGGGCUGUCUCCGAGCCAAAAUUCACGAGUCAAAAGAUUCGCGCAUUUAGCGAGAGCCGAUGGGCCGGAGCAGUUUACCAAUUGGCAAUUUAAGCUCGAUUGGGUGCCAGACAAGGAUUCGUUCGACGCAGGCCAGUGCUACUUGGACUGCGAGACUGCCUUCCAAGUAUUUGCCGCAACGCCGCAAUGCUCUCAGAAAGGAGACGAGAAGAACUUGAUGUCACUUUCGGGACAAAUCGACGUUGGCUGUGGCAUGUACGGUUAUACUGUCAAAGGCAUAGCUAUCUCGUAG